AGAAGCUAGUCUGUGGAAAGUACUGUGUGAUUUUAUCCGAGAAAGAAGCCUUAAAUCACCUCGCAAUAUAUUCGGACACAUUUAGGAGAGGCCAUGUGGGAAUAGGAUUUAGUCUAGUGUCCCAGAGUGACGUGUGAAAAGGAUGCUGGAGGAGGAGGAGAUGGAGACAAAUGAGGAUCUGAGCCUCAGGGCUGAAGUGGAGCGACUCACCGCUGAGCUCCAGGAAGCCAACGAGGAGAAGCUGCAGGCGGCACGUUACGGCCUGGCAGUUCUGGAUGAAAGCACCGCCCUCAAGAUCAAAAACACACAGCUGGAGGAGGAACAUGAGGCGAUCAAGCAUGAGCUACAGCAGCUUAAAGAGGCCUUUGCAGACACAGUGACCAGCAAGAAGCGUGCUGCAGUAGAUGGGCAGUGUCGAGAGGAGUGUCUGUUAGAGGAGACUGCCAGUAAGGAGGCUGCCAUGGCAACAAAGUUGGAGGAGCUACAGGCUGAGCUAAAGCAGGCCCGCCUGGCGCUGGCCAAUAGCUCAGCAGAAAACGAAAGGCAGUGUGUUUAUACAACUCAGCUGAAAAAGGAGUGUGAGGGUUUGGAGGCUGAGAAGGCUCGAGUGAGGGAUGAACUGAAAGAGUUUAAGGUCCGGGAGCUGCAGCAUCUUCAGGAUAACAGUGAUCUGGAGGAAGAGAACAUUUCCUUACAGAAACAGAUCUCUGUACUUAAAGAGAACCAGGUGGAGUUCGAGUCCUUGAAGGUGGACGUGUCGCAGAAGGACGAGGAGCAGGAGCUUCUCCGGGCGCAAAUGGAGGAGGCAGAUCGACUGCGCGAGAUCGCAGAACGGCAGCUGGAGGAGGCCCUGGAGGCCCUGAAGGAUGAGCGUGAGCAGAAGAACAGUCUGAAGCGGGAGCUCGCGGCUCAUACGGUCAACCCCUUCGACUCGGUGCACCUGGACCUGCAGCUGGAUGAAAGCGCAGACGGAGAGAGGGCGGGAGAGGAGAAGGAGCACGGGGAUAAGGACGAACAAGACAGUGGCUACAACCACUCAAAGGGAAGUGAGAAGCAGCGCUGCUCCACUCCCAGGACCAGUGACGUGUUCCUCCGGCCUCCGGCUCCCGGACUGGUGGCUGACCUGCUUAGUGAACUUCAUCUUUCCGACACUCAGAGGCUUAAACAGCAGCUGAUGCAGGUGGAGAGGGAGAAGACCACACUGACUACUACAGUCCAGGAGCUCCAGGACGCUCUGGCUCAGUCUAACACUGCGCUGGAUGAACACAAGGUGAAAGUGGAGCAGCUCUCGCAGCGCCUGGAGGUCCUUCAAGGUUGCUCCCAAUCUGGGACCAAAAUCCAGGAGCAGAACGGACAAACCGAACCCGAGGAGGACGAAGAACGCUACGAGCUGGACGCCAAGAGCGCAGCGGUGCUGGAGAAGCGCAUGAAGGCAGCCAACGCUGAACUCAUGAAGCUGCGUGACGAGCUGAAGGAAGCGGGCGAGCUCUGCCGGGCUCUGGAGGAGCGCCACCAGCAGGAGAAAGACCGCUGGAGGGCUGAGGCACAGGAGCUGGCUGAUAAGAUCCGCCAGUGCAUUGCCGCCAGCCGCCACGACCAGGAGCGCAUCGGACAGCUGGAAAUCGAGAUCGGAGCCACGCGGCGUGUCGCCGAUGACUCGGAGGGUCACCUGAGUGCCGCGCAGGAAGAGCUGCUAGCGUUCAGCGAGGAUCUGGCCAACCUUUACCAUCACAUCUGCAUGACCAACAACCUUACGCCACGGCGUGUCACGCUGGACUACUUUCGGGACGGGGAGCGAAGCGGAAGGCGCCACCAUGGAUCGUUCCGGAAGCAGAGGAGGUCCGGGGAAGUUUUAGGGAAGGGAGCACACAGUGUGGAGUUGGAUCUCGCAGCAGGGGGUGGAGAUACCUCUCCUAACGGAAGCUGUCCCGGAUCACCCACGCUGGACUUCAGGGACCCCACCACUGUCCGCAACCUGGUGGCUGUUAUUCGCUGUCAGAUUAAACACCUCCAGGUGGCCGUGGACCUGUGCAGGCAGCGAGGCACCUUCCCCUCCACAGCAGCGAGCAGCACUGAGAAUGAUCGUGAGGCGUUGCUCGAGGAGGUGCUGAAGCUCAAGUCUCUUCUAAGCACCAAGAGGGAGCAGAUCGCCACACUCAGGACUGUCCUGAAAGCAAACAAGCAGACGGCCGAGUUAGCUCUGAGCAACCUAAAAACCAAGUACGAGACGGAGAAAAGCAUGGUCUCCGAGACCAUGCGGAAGCUGAGGAACGAGCUCAAAGCACUGAAGGAGGACGCAGCAACCUUCUCCUCACUGCGGGUCAUGUUCGCGAGCAGAUGUGACCAGUACGUCACUCAGCUGGACGAGAUGCAGAGACAACUGGCUGCUGCCGAGGAUGAGAAGAAGACUCUCAACUCGCUCCUGCGUAUGGCCAUCCAGCAGAAACUGGCCCUGACUCAGCGGCUGGAGGACCUCGAGGUCCCGCUGCACACUCACAGCAACGGAGGCAGCCCACGCCGCUCCCGGGCUAAGCAGCUGGGCACCAAAUCAGGAAGAGCGCCUCGGAGCCCUAUGAGAAGCAGUCCGGCCAAUCAGAGUGCCGCCGGACAUCUACGAGCCCUAACUCGCAGCCUCCACAGCAGCCCUCGGUGAACGCAUUCCUCUUGUCCUGCUCCAGUGUGUGUGGAUGGUGUUCAUGCCCAGCUCAGAACCACCCCUAACUCUCCUGACUCAACCCGACCUGACUUGACAUCCACUUCAUUACACACCACAACACAUUGGGCUUCUCCUUUCCUCCUUCUGUUCCUCUGUUCUUCUCAUCUACCUUCCUUUUAUUGUCUUAACAUUGCUUCUUGUUUGUUUUUUAUUUUGUCGUGUGCUCUACCUCACAUUGAUUUAUUAUUUUUUUGUUUUUAAAUGUUUCUCUCUUUUUUGCUGUCUUUUUCUUUUCGAUCGUUUGGCUCAAGUGUUGUGCAGCUUUAAGGAACUGAAAGCUGUAUGAAGUUGUAUGAAGCCUCAUCUCAUUUCAUGAUGGGGUUUCUGAAGGAAGGCGAGUAAAGAAACUUGCUCUCAGACUCACGGUCAUUGUAGCACUGCAGACGCACUCCGAGACCAAUACUGGUUUUAAAAAUGUUUUCUUUAUUGUGUGUAUCUACUGUUAGCAGGGAUGGUGGGUAUUGAUUGCUAUAGGGACGACUGUAGCAGCUAAAAAUAAAGCUUCUAAGCUUCUGAAAUAAAGAUUUAUAAAGCAACAAAUCUGAAUCCGGUUUUACACCAGAGUCAGUUACAUUUUACAUUUUAGCAGACGCUUUUAUCUAAAACGACUUACAGUGCAUCCAGUUUUUACCUGAUUGCAUCAUGCUUGCUCUCUACUGGUGCUGACCCCCGCCCCUGAUUGAGGAGAGCGAACUGACCCACGUCCCCUCCGAUACGUGAGCAGUAGCCGACUGCAUCUUUUCACCUGCACCAGUCGAGUUCAAAUGCGAAUCAGCCCUGAUCAACAUUAUUCCUCCACUCUGUGCAGACGCCAUCAACCAGCCAGCAGAGGUCGUAAUUGCAUCAGUUAUGAGGUCCCUAUCUGGCUCCCUAACUCUCUGUAUGAACAACAGCCAAAUGUUGUUCAUAUAGCCGCCCAGCCGGAUGGCAGAGCUGAGAUUCGAUACGAUGUAUACGAAAUCCCAGCUCUGGUGUGCUAGCGUGUUUUAUCGCUGCGCCACCUGAGCGGCUUGUCUAGUCCAGUACUUUAACCGAUAGGCUACAACUGCUUUUCUGAAUCAAUGUGGCUGUCGACUUUUCUAAAGGGGAAUUUCUGAACCCCAUCAGGCUCUAGAAAUCUCCUGUCCGAUAGUUUGUUCUAGAAUAAUAACCUCAAACUGCAAGCAGCAAAUAGUAUGGCCUUAUUAAUGAGUGGCAUAAUAGGUCGUAAUGAUUGAUAUGGGACAGUACUGUCACAUGGUUACUGUGUCUAAUUAAACGGAUAAUGCUAUUGUAAAUGAGAGUAUUUGAUGCAUCAUUCUGACUACAAAGGUACGUAUUUGGAACUGAAGCUGAUAUUAAAGCUACAUAUAUUUGACAAUUAUGCUCCAAAGUCUUACGUUGUAGCACCUUUUAGCACCUUUAUAGUCUAUUUCCAGUUGGUCAGUCCGUCCCUAAAGCAUUUAUACCUUAAGAUUUUAUAAUUAUUUUUGUUUUGUUUUUUUGUUUUGUUUUUGAGAUGAUUGUGUGAUGUUGCAUACUGAAGCCUCUUUUUGAACUACCUGCAAUGACUGACUUACCUACAGUAUUCGUGUAAAGAUACGGCAUGUACAGAAUGAAGCAUGUUACAUUCCCUACUUUUUUCAUGAGCUUCCUAUGUCAGAUUCUGUCUUACACUCUUUUUCCACCUGGGUUUCAGGCAUCAUGUAUCUGGACUGCAUCUCGGAUGCAGUUUUUUUUUAUUGACAUUGAUGAUUUUAUAUUCUAUUGUUUCUUAAGAACAGCUAUUUCCCAACA